AAAGGCACUGACGUUAAGUACCUGUCAGCCAGUUGUUAAAUAGCAUUUCCGACAUUCAAGUGGAUUAAAAAAUUGAAACAAUCACUCACCAAAGGAUAUCUGCCACAUUUCUCUUUAAAUGUUAAAGUUGAGAGAGUUAGCCAAUAAAAUUUAUAACAGUUAAAUAAUCUACUCUUACGAAUAAUUUCUUUUAAACGAAGUGUUCUUGCUUUUGUAAUAAAAAACAUAGCAACAAAAUGUACAAGUUUGUUAUCGUUCUACUCUCGGCAGUUCUAUUCGCUUUUGUAUUAGCGCGUCCUGCAGAGGAGCAAUCUGGAGUUGCCACAUCACCUGCUGUUACUACAACAACAACACCUGCCACAAUACUCAAACAAAUCGAUGUAACCAAUCCAGAUGGCAGCUAUAAUAACAGUUACGAAACCUCCAAUGGCAUCAAAGUCGAAAACGCUGGUUACUUGAAGAAAAUAUUAGUGCCAAAACAGGAAUCCACCGAUGGUCAGGUGAUUGAGGAACACGAAGAAUUGGUGUUGGUGCAGACAGGCUUGUACUCCUACUCGGACCCAGAAGGAAAUAUCAUCACCUUGCAUUACGUGGCCGAUGAGAAUGGUUUCCAGCCCCAAGGGGAUCACUUGCCAGUACCACCAGUUUAAAAUCAGAAAGUGAAUUGGAUGAGAGUUAAUUAUUUGCUCCGACACACUCAAGCAAAUACAGCUCAAAAAGAGAAAAUAAAAACAAUUAAGUUGUAAGCAAUAAGUAUUACAUUUAACUAAGUUAAUUAGAAGCAAAAAGGUUAAUAAACCAUAAGUCAAUAGUUAUAUAAAUUUAAGAUAAUUAACAAACGACAAUGCUGCCAUUUAAUGAUAAAUAAAAAAUAUGAAAAAUAAAGUUUGGAGCCUAUGA